AUGGGGCAGCCACACUUCUCGAGACCGGUAAAUCCAGCUGCUUUUGCUGAAGAGGUGGAUCACCCCCCAACUGAUGCCAGCAUGGGGGUAGACGUUUUGGAAUCGGGUGACACCACACCUCCUACAAAGAGAAAAAGCAAGUUUUCAAGCUUUGGCAAGAUCUUCAAACCCUGGAAGUGGAGGAAAAAGAAAAGCAGUGACAAAUUUAAGGAGACUUCGGAAGUUUUAGAACGAAAGAUUUCUAUGCGAAAGCCAAGAGAGGAGCUGGUAAAAAGAGGGGUUCUGUUGGAAGACCCUGAGCAGGAUGGUGAAGAACCAGACAAGCUGAACCCACCUGCACUGAAGAAUGGCCACACAGUCCCAAUCGGUGGUCCUGGGGUUUGUAACCUGGCCAGCCAGGAGGAAGAGGCCACGAAGCCAUCCAGCCUUAGGAAGCCUGUUCCAGCUGAGGAACCAAAGAAAAGGCAGGGCUCAUCCAGCAGCCACUCUGGGCCCGAACUGGAACCACCUCAGGAGCUGUAUGUUCCCAGACAGCCUCUGCUUCCUCCCAAAAGACCUCCCUCCACUUCACAGGAGGCAAACGAAGCACAGGCAAAGGAUCCAACGCCUGCCAGCAGCACUGCAAAAACUGCACCCUCCACCACAGCCCCUGUUGCGGCAGUCAGUUCCACAGUUGCCCCUUCCCCAGCCCCCAGGACUCUGCCCCCUGCUCUCGCCAGUGCCAACACUACUGCUCCCACGAGUACAACCAGCACAGCUCCUGCCAAACAGCCUCCCGUCCCUCCUCCCAAACCUGUCAACAGAAAUAGCAACUCAGUAAUAGCUGAACUUUCUCAAGCAAUGAACAGUGGUACAGGCUUGUCCAAGCCUUCCCCUCCUCUCCCACCAAAGAGAGGCCUCCUGCCUAACAACACGUCAGAGGCAGCUAUUGCUUCCAAGCCCCCCAACGACAGGACAGUGACAGCUAACCGCCCCGCACCGAUACAUGCCACCUCUGCUCACCCGCCACCCUCGCCUUCGCCGCCGCUGCCCGCGCACAUACCCCCCGAACCUCCGCGCAUGCCCUUGCCUGCCUCCACCCCUGUCUCGGACCCUCCGCGCUCCCUGGACCUACCCAAAGAGACUCUUCCUCCUCCUCCUCCUGAAGAAUUCAGAUCCUUGGAAGUGUCGAAGCAAGGGUUUGGCGAACCUCACGUGCUGCCUCGUCUGCCCCAAAUCCCAUUGCACAUCCGUAUCCAGCAGGCUCUGGCCAGUCCUCUGCCUGUCACCCCGCCUGCGGAAGGGUCGCACAGGGCUCACUCGCUGCUCUUCGAGAACGAUGGCUCUGGAGAAGACAACGGCACCCUGGGCAGGACGAGGUCCCUGCCUGUCACCAUCGAGAUGCUGAAAGUUCCAGACGAUGAGGAAGAGGAAGAAGAUGACCAGGAAGAGGAGCAGAGUUCGGGCCCUCGUGUGUAUAUUGGAGAUGUGCCAUCUGUCACAGUCAUCCCAAAACUGGUACCCCAGGUCCUGCCAGAGGAGCAGGAAGGAGAUGAAGGGAUGAGCGACUCUGACUCGGAGGGGCCCAUCCUGUACAAAGACGAUGAGGAUGAGGAAGAAGAUGAAAGUCAUAACAGCACGCUGGCUAACAAAGUGAAGAGGAAAGACACGCUAGCUAUAAAGCUGGGGAACACAACCACGCCGCAGGAGGAGAAGAUUGUCUUCCCUCGGCAGAGCAGGGAGGAGGGGAACGAAAUUCGGCACCAGAUUGGGACGACGCUGAUCAGGCGACUGAGUCAGAGACCGACAGCAGAAGAACUGGAGCAGAGGAACAUACUUCAACCGAAAAAUGAAGCUGACCGUCAAGCUGAGAAGCGAGAGAUCAAGCGCAGGCUCACCAGAAAGCUUAGCCAAAGGCCUACAGUGGCAGAGCUGCAGGCCAGGAAGAUCCUGAGGUUUAACGAAUAUGUGGAAGUAACAGAUGCUCAAGACUAUGACCGGCGAGCGGAUAAGCCAUGGACAAAGCUAACACCAGCUGACAAGGCUGCCAUCCGGAAGGAGCUGAAUGAGUUUAAGAGCUGUGAAAUGGAAGUCCACGAGGACAGCAAGCAGUUCACGAGGUACCAUCGACCAUAAUCUUCCAAGAAGGGAGCAAGAGACCCGAGAGGACUGGAAGUUCUCUGCGUCCCUCUCCUAGGCAAUACAGUGAGGGUGGAACCUCGGCUCUUCCAAGAUUUGCCUUCAAAACACAUCCAGAAAAGGGCUUUCGGCCAGGGAAGGGGAAUCCUGUCUGAAUGUAGCAUUUCACUGGAACAAACACGUCUCGAGUGCCAUCAGGCUGGAACUGAACACUAUACCUCGCACGGCUCAGCAAUACGCCUCCGCUCCGGCGCCAGCAUCUCUGCCAGGAGACCAUGCACAUGUGAAUGAACGGUUCGUUCCCCAGCUCCUUUGCUCAGCCCGGACAGGCCCAGUUCUCAGCUGUACAUACUCCUUUUGGGGAUGUAACUCCUUCGUUUCCUCCUCCUUACCAAGAGGAAGGGGGGGGGGGGAAAAAAAAAGGCAGCUCUAGUGUUGGAAAGCUGAGGAAUGGAG